GGCCGAACGGAGGCGGUGGCGAGGGAGGGGGUGUGGCCGGGGAGCGCGAAGUCCCCGGGAGUAAGGGAGAGGGGGCGGGGUCGCGCGUCUCGGGCAUACGCAUGCGUGCACGCUGUCGGUCGGACUGGGCUGAAAGGGGAGGGGGCGGCGGCGGCAGAGGCGGCAUCGUUAUUUCCGUGGUCCGGACAGUGCGUGGCGGCGCGGGUGACCACGGGAGAAGUAGGUGGGGACCGCCCCUGCGUAGCCAUUGAAACCCUCUCGCUCGUGUGUCCGAGAGCCGCAGCCCCCCGCGCGUUUGGCGGACCCUGGGGACCCCAGGUCACCCUGCGGCCCCGGCCCUCCCGCUGCGCGUCAGGCAUAAUGGUUAUGAAAGCUUCUGUAGAUGAUGACGAUUCAGGAUGGGAGCUCAGUAUGCCGGAAAAAAUGGAAAAAAGCAAUACAAACUGGGUGGACAUUACCCAAGAUUUUGAAGAAGCUUGUCGAGAAUUAAAGUUGGGAGAACUACUUCAUGAUAAGCUAUUUGGUCUUUUUGAAGCCAUGUCUGCUAUUGAAAUGAUGGAUCCCAAGAUGGAUGCUGGCAUGAUUGGAAACCAAGUUAAUCGAAAAGUUCUCAAUUUUGAACAAGCUAUCAAGGAUGGCACUAUUAAAAUUAAAGAUCUCACCUUGCCUGAACUGAUAGGGAUUAUGGAUACAUGUUUUUGCUGUUUGAUAACAUGGUUAGAAGGCCAUUCGUUGGCACAGACAGUAUUUACGUGCCUUUACAUUCAUAAUCCAGACUUUAUAGAAGAUCCUGCUAUGAAGGCUUUUGCUCUGGGAAUCUUGAAAAUCUGUGACAUUGCAAGGGAAAAAGUAAAUAAAGCUGCUGUUUUUGAAGAGGAAGAUUUUCAGUCAAUGACUUAUGGAUUUAAAAUGGCUAACAGUGUGACAGAUCUUCGAGUUACAGGCAUGCUAAAAGAUGUGGAGGAUGACAUGCAAAGAAGAGUAAAGAGUACUCGAAGUCGACAAGGAGAAGAAAGAGAUCCAGAAGUUGAACUAGAACACCAACAGUGUUUAGCAGUAUUCAGCAGAGUGAAAUUUACUCGUGUGUUACUGACAGUGCUUAUAGCCUUUACUAAGAAAGAGACCAGUGCUGUUGCAGAAGCUCAAAAAUUGAUGGUUCAAGCAGCAGAUCUUCUUUCUGCCAUUCAUAAUUCAUUGCAUCAUGGCAUCCAGGCCCAGAAUGAUACUACAAAAGGAGAUCAUCCAAUUAUGAUGGGUUUUGAACCCCUUGUGAACCAGAGGCUACUUCCACCUACCUUCCCUCGAUAUGCAAAAAUAAUUAAAAGGGAAGAAAUGGUGAACUAUUUUGCAAGAUUAAUAGAUAGAAUAAAAACUGUCUGUGAGGUUGUGAAUUUAACAAAUUUACAUUGUAUCCUGGAUUUUUUCUGUGAAUUUAGUGAACAGUCACCAUGUGUUCUUUCAAGAUCUCUGUUACAAACCACUUUCCUGGUGGAUAACAAAAAGGUCUUUGGAACUCAUCUCAUGCAAGACAUGGUGAAAGAUGCACUUCGGUCUUUUGUCAGUCCUCCGGUGCUUUCCCCCAAGUGCUACCUAUAUAAUAAUCACCAGGCUAAGGACUGUAUCGACUCCUUUGUUACUCACUGUGUUCGGCCAUUCUGUAGUCUUAUUCAGAUCCAUGGACAUAACAGGGCUCGACAGAGAGAUAAGCUUGGUCAUAUUCUUGAGGAAUUUGCUACCUUGCAGGAUGAGGCAGAGAAGGUUGAUGCAGCGCUUCACACCAUGCUGUUGAAACAGGAACCCCAGAGGCAACAUUUGGCCUGUUUAGGUACCUGGGUCCUUUACCAUAACCUUCGCAUAAUGAUACAGUACCUUCUAAGUGGCUUUGAAUUGGAACUCUACAGUAUGCACGAGUACUAUUACAUAUAUUGGUAUCUCUCUGAAUUCCUUUACGCAUGGUUGAUGUCAACACUGAGUCGUGCCGAUGGCUCUCAAAUGGCAGAGGAAAGAAUAAUGGAAGAGCAGCAGAAAGGCCGUAGUAGUAAAAAAACAAAGAAAAAAAAGAAAGUUCGCCCAUUGAGCCGAGAGAUCACAAUGAGCCAAGCAUAUCAGAACAUGUGUGCUGGAAUGUUUAAAACCAUGGUAGCAUUUGACAUGGACGGCAAAGUACGUAAACCGAAGUUUGAGCUUGAUAGUGAACAAGUUCGGUAUGAACACAGGUUUGCUCCAUUCAACAGUGUGAUGACCCCGCCGCCAGUGCACUACUUACAGUUCAAGGAAAUGUCUGACCUCAAUAAAUAUAGCCCUCCUCCUCAGUCUCCUGAACUGUAUGUGGCAGCUAGUAAGCACUUUCAACAGGCAAAAAUGAUAUUGGAGAAUAUUCCUAACCCGGACCAUGAGGUUAAUAGAAUUUUAAAGGUUGCCAAACCCAACUUUGUGGUUAUGAAGUUAUUGGCAGGAGGACACAAAAAGGAAUCUAAAGUUCCUCCUGAAUUUGAUUUCUCUGCUCAUAAAUAUUUUCCUGUUGUGAAACUUGUUUGAGAGAGACUGGGAAGGUGGCCAUAAAGGGGCAGAGUCUUCUUUCAGACCCCACUCUUAGAGGGCACAUCACCAGGCUCCACAUCACGAGAAGUGAGAUGGAUUUCUUGGAUAACAACUCAUUAUAAGGAAUACUUUUAGUUUGACAGCCUUAUAUGACGUGAAUGAAAACUGCUGUUUUAAAGUGGUUUAUUAUGUUCCAUGGAAGAAACUGGUCUUAUUGAAUGCAUUGAUGAACGUUAUAUGGUUUUAUUACAGAUUUAAUCACAAAUCAUUUUUUAUGAAUGAUUGAGUGAAAAUAGUGUUUGUAAAGGUUAAUAAAUUUCUUGACAAAAAAAAAAAAAA